CGUUCUGCAGCCUCCUACUCCCACACCCCUCGUGUCAAUGACCAUAAAUGAACACCUGUCUGUCUUCUACUUUGAAAUAUAUACAGUAUAUGCAGCAGUAAUACUCACUCUUGACCACACACGCACACGCACACGCACAGACACACACGCGCACACACACAUUGUUGCAGGGCUCGGAGGGUCGUGUGGUAAACGUCAUAAGCCUGUGGCAGCACUGGAGUGAGCGGAAACCCCUCCCGAAUCCCAACUCAACUCCUCCAACCCCAGUCAAAGAAAAGAGGAAUACCGAGGAAUCAGGAAACAAGGACAAAUACCACAAUACACCAUUACAGAAAAGGCCAGGCAGCAUUAGCAGGGCAGCGCUAGCAGCGGCUAACGUCCCACCAGCACAGGAAAGCCAAUGAACAUGUUCACAGCACCAGUAACAAUGCAGACCUGAGCGGCACUCCCCGUUAAGUGAGAGAGAGACCGCGUGCCUUGCGAGUAAUAUGGGGUUUGGCCGGGACCUGCGCAACUCCCACGAGGGUCUGAUGAAGCUGCAGGACUGGGAGCUGAAGCUACUGGAGACGGUGAAGCGCUUCAUGACAUUACGGGUGAAGAGCGACAAGGAAUAUGCAUCUCUCCUGCUCAACAUCAGCCAGCAAGUGGACAAGCAUGACAACUCCUCUCAGAUCCACUAUGUCAGCAGUGUCUCCAAGUCGUGGACUAACAUGGUGCAGCAGACGGAGCAGUUGAGCAAGAUCAUGAAGUGUCAUGCUGAGGAGCUCAACUCAGGGCCUCUCCACCGCCUCACCAUGAUGAUCAAAGACAAGCAGCAGGUGAAGAAGAGUUACCAAAGCCUCCACCAGCAGAUCGAGUCUGAAAUGAACAAGGUAACCAAAGGAGAUCUUGAGAAGUUGAAAUGCUCCUACAGGCAGUUAACUAAGGAUGCUGUUUUAGCAAGAGACAAAUACAAGGAGGCCGUUGUAAAAGGCAAAGAGACUGAGAAAGCCCGUGAGCGCUACGACAAAGCCACAAUGAAGCUCCAUAACCUGCACAACCAGUAUGUGCUGGCAGUGAAAAGCGCGCAGCUACAUCAAGAGCACUACCAUGAGACUGCACUGCCUCUGUUGCUGGACUCCCUGCAGAAGAUGCAGGAGGAGAUGAUCACUGCACUUAAGGGGAUACUGGAGGAGUACAGUGAAAUCACCAGCCUGUUAACAGAUGAAAUAGUGAAGGUUCACAAAGAAAUACACACUUCCAUCGACCAAAUCGAUCCACUGUCAGAGUAUGACAACUUCAUCGAAGUUAAUAAAUCACCAGAAGACAAAGAACCAAAUGUAGAAUUUGAUGCCACGCUGUUAGACGAAACCGAGAAUCUUCAAGCAAAUGAGAUUCUAUGGAAUAAUUUGACAGCAGAAAGUUUACAAGCGAUGCUGAAGUCCACCUCAGAGGAGCUGCUCAUAACCCAGCAAAGUUUGCGCAGCAAAGAGGAGCUCAUGCUGGACCUGGAGAACAAAAUAGAGGAAUCUACCAAAACCUAUGAGAAGAAAUCGGAUGUGGUGUUGUUACUCAGUCAGAAGCAGUCUCUGGAGGAGUUGAGACAGACGGUCCAGCUGCUGCGCUGCUCGGAGGCCAAACUCAUGGCACAGAGAGAACUACUGGAGCAGAAGAUGCAGGAGAACGAGGGCAAAGAACCACCGCCUGUCGUCAAUUACGAAGAGGACGCCCGCUCUGUCAACUCAAUGGAUAAAAGCAAAGACAAGGUAUCCAAGUUUGACACGCUCAGACACUCCAUCGCUGGAAUCAUCCGCUCGCCCAAGUCUGUACUGGGCUCUUCAUCAUUUUUCGAUGUGAUACCCACUAGUGAGAAACCGCUGGGCGAGCAGGAGUGGUAUCACGGUGCCAUUCCCAGGACAGAGGCCCAGGAGCUGCUAAAGCAGCAGGGAGACUUUCUGGUGCGCGAGAGCCACGGAAAACCUGGAGAAUAUGUGCUGUCUGUGUUUUCAGACGGACAGCGCAGACAUUUCAUCAUUCAGUUUGCUGAUAAUCAGUACAGAUUUGAAGGCACUGGCUUCCCCACCAUCCCACAGCUCAUAGAGCAUCAUUACACGACUAAACAAGUCAUCACCAAGAAAUCUGGGGUCGUGCUCCUGAACCCUGUCAUAAAGGAUAAGAAAUGGAUCCUCAAUCAUGAGGACGUCAUUCUUGGAGAACUCCUUGGGAAAGGAAAUUUUGGUGAGGUUUUUAAAGGAACGCUGCGAGAUAAAACUCCGGUGGCCGUGAAAACUUGCAAGGAAGAUCUACCACAAGACCUCAAGAUAAAGUUCCUCUCAGAAGCCAGGAUCCUGAAGCAGUAUGAUCACCCGAACAUUGUGAAGUUAAUAGGCGUCUGUACCCAACGGCAGCCCAUUUACAUAGUAAUGGAGCUUGUACCAGGCGGGGACUUUUUAUCAUUCUUAAGGAAGAAAAAGGAGGACCUCAAGACAAAGCAACUGGUAAAGUUUGCAUUAGACGCUGCUGCCGGAAUGGCGUACCUGGAGCUAAAAAACUGUAUACACAGAGACCUGGCUGCUCGUAAUUGCCUUGUGGGAGAGAACAAUGUGCUGAAGAUCAGCGAUUUUGGGAUGUCCCGACAGGAGGAUGAUGGGAUCUACUCCUCAUCAGGACUGAAACAGAUCCCAAUCAAGUGGACUGCACCGGAAGCACUGAACUAUGGGAGAUACAGCUCAGAGAGUGAUGUGUGGAGUUAUGGGAUCCUCCUGUGGGAAACCUUUAGUCUAGGAGUGUGUCCUUACCCGGGCAUGACCAACCAGCAGGCUCGAGAACAGGUUGAAAAAGGUUACAGAAUGUCCUGCCCGCAGAAGUGUCCAGAUGAGGUGUACAGGAUCAUGCAGCGAUGUUGGGAGUACAAGCCUGAGAAUCGGCCCAAAUUCGCUGACAUUCAGAAAGAACUGGCAGCGGUCAAGAAAAAGUAGCCUUUAAUGAGGAUAUGGCUGGAAGGCCAAACUCAUACUUCACAUCCAGGUGAUCCCUAAUCUGCAGAGAGAAACACGACAAAUGUUUCGCCCUCGAAAUUACAUGCUAUUAUUGUACUAAAGAGUACUCCGUCACAUAAUCACUGUGUGAACUGCCUAUGCACCAGCUGUUUUGAGCCAUUAGCAUGGAGAGAGGUCUCAGCUUUGCUCUGAUGUCAAAAUUAUGCAGAUUUUCCGGGGUUUUUUUGUUUUGUUUUUGUAACUGAGCAACAGUUAAGCUAUGACAGGAAGAACGCAAGAUAUUUGAGGUGUAUUCAGUAUGCCAUUGAGUAUUCCUGUGUACGCACCAGUGAAAAGGAGGGAUGGUUCACCCAAAAAUGAACAUUUUGUUAUCAUUUUCUUAACCUCAUGACUGACUUUCUUCUGUGAAAAGCACAGUUUUUUUUUUUUUUUUUUUUUUUUGCAAUCAGUGAAGGUUAGUGGGGUCCAUUGUUGUUUUGGACCCUAUUCACUUUCAUUAUAUGGACAAAACAGUUGAAACAUUCUUCAAAAUAUCUUCUGUGUUCCACAGAGGAAAGAAAGUCAUACAGGUUUGGAAAGACAUGAGGGUUUUUCAUAUUUGGGCAAUUAUCCCUUAAAUAAAAUAUGGAGAUGAAUGUGUGAAAAAGGUUUGUCUACCCAAUAACACUUUUUUUUUUUUUUUUUUUUUUUUUUAAAGACCUAAACCUGUUUGAUAGUUUGGGCAGUAUUUUAGUCAAGCCAUUUUAUGUCAUUUUUAUAUUCCUGGAGCAAUAAGACCUUUUUGGACAAAAAAAUAAUACUUUACAGAUGUUCGUCAGUCACACAAAAUAACAUCUGUCACAUUCUUGAGACUUUCAUUGAGUUACAUUCCAAUGUUUCAGCACUCAUCAAGCAGUGAGACCAAAUGCAUAGAUUUACCUAAGUGCAAUUUAUGAUCACAUUCGCAAAAAUGUCAUACUACGAUCAAGUGGCCUUAACGUAAAAUCGAACGAUUCUGCUAGGCUGCUUGAGAGCUGUUAAAUGGCGUGGACACAGCACAAACCUACAGUUUACAAGCCUUCAGAUUUCUUCCAAAUACUUCAACCUCUCACCUCUUCAUUGUUCAUGCCAUUUGAUGUUUAUAGCGAUAUUUCUGCAAAACAUUUAAAUUGUCAUCAUUUACUCACCGUCAAGUCGUUCCAAACCUGUAUGAUUUUCAUUUCUUCUGUAGAAUGUAAAAGGAGAAAUUUAGUACAAUGUUCACGCUGCUUUUUUCCAUAAAGUGAAAGCGAAUGGUGACCAAAAGCACCAUAAAAGUGGUCUAUAUGACUUUUGUGGUAGAUUCCAAGUCUUCUGAAGUUGUAAAUUGCUAUUCACAAAAAUAUCUUGCUCCAUUGUAGCUCUCAAAUCUCACGGUAUGUACAUAUUCAAAUAUGCCAUUUGAAGUUGCGUCACAGCACGUUUGAUUUAAAGGGAUAGUUCACCCAAAAAUGAGUAUUAUCCCAUGAUUUACUCACCCUCAAGCCAUCCUAGGUGAAUAUGAUAUGAAUACGUCUUUCAGACGAACAAAAUCGGAGAUAUGUUUAAAAAUAUCCUUAGUCCUCCAAGGUUUAUAAUGGUUGUGAAUGGUAGCCCAAAUUUUGAAGACAAAAAAAAUGCACCCAUCCAUAAAGAAAUGAAUCCAUACGACUCCAGGGGGUUAAUAAAAGCCUUCUGAAGCAAAUCGAUGCGUUUGUGUAAGACAAGUAUGCUUAUUUACAACUUUAUAAAGUAAAAUAACGAGCUUCCGGCGCGACAGCCAUACGCAUUCGACGUACGUCCAAAAGGCGUUAACUUCCACGACGUAGUACACAAUGACAUGAUGGUACUACGUGUUAUAGUGCGGAACGUCAUGGCGUUUUGUACUAUGUUGCGGAAGUUAAUGCUUUUAUGCGUAUGGCUGUCGUGCCGGAAGCUCGUUAUUUUACUGGAUGGGCAUAUUUUUAUGGAUGGGUCUUCAAAAUUUGGGCUGCCAUUCACAACCAUUAUAAACCUUGCAGGUGUAAGGAUAUUUUUAAACAUGUCUCCGAUUGUGUUCGUUUGAAAGAAGAUAGUCAUAUACACCUAGGAUGGCUUGAGGGUGAGUAAAUCAUGGGAUCAUUUUUAUUUUUGGGUGAACUAUCCCUGUUAUUUUUGGGUGAUGCCAAAAUGUUAUUCAUCGUUACGUUACAUGAGCGAUUAUGAUGCAAUAAGUUUAAAAUUGUGGAAAUGUGGAAGAUUUUUAGUGAAUAACUUGCUUCUUUAGUCUGUUCUGCCACACAGAAUAUAGGGAACAAGACUAUUUUUCGGAUACUUUUAUGGUGCCUUUUUGCAGCUUGACAGUCCCUGUCCCCAUUCAAUUUCAUUGUAUGGGGAAAAAAAGCAGCUUGCCUUGGACAUUCUUGGAACAAAAAAAAUCAUACGGUUUUGAACAAAUGGAAAUUAGUAGAUGGCGAUUUUCAUUUUUCAUCGAGCUAUCCCUGUAACAUAUGCAUUGUUGCCAUGUGGCAUAUUAGACGUCACCAAAAGCUUUGUCCAAAACUGACAGUGGUUUGUCCUGUUGGGAUCUCUGUGUUUUUUUUUGGCAACCAGCAACCAAAGCCAGCAUGUUUAUUUGUUUACAUGCCAUCGUCUUGGAUUGUGAUGUUCUUAUUCCUGUGCAACAUGUGUGUUUAUGCUCUUUUACAAUCAGGUUUUCUCAUGCAAACAACCCUUGAGUUCUACUAGAUAUGUAUUUACCUCCACAAGUAUUACAGGUUUGGUUUAUAGACAAUAGUGUGUUUUGUAUUAAGUCUUUCCCAAGUUUUUUUCCUGCCAUUUCUGUCAGGUGCCAUUUUUUUCCCCCCACGUUUACGUACCCGAGCUCCACGCGAGCAUCUGUGCGGACCGAUCAGCAACUUCUUGUUCCAGAGUCACAUAAAUUUGUUAUUCCAUUUCCACAAAAAUGGAAUAGUGGUUUCUUCAAGGUUUACUCUAUAAAAGCAUUCCUUUUGUAUUUUGUAAAUACUUUUUGUAGAUUCAGUAAUGUAAUUUUGUAGGUGUUUGUUUUUUCCACUGCAAAACUGAUGUUUAGAAUGUGGAUGUCUGUCAGGAAUAUGCCUCAACGUUCAGCUGUAAUAGUAGCGAUGAAGACCCAGAAUCAAUACUGCUCUGACAUUUGCACAUUUGGAAUAUGUUAAGAGGGUCCCAUAGAAUCGACUGAUUCUUUCUAGUUUUUCUCCUCUUCAAGUUGUUGCCAUCACUAAUGCAGCCAAAAGUCGACGUGUUUGACAUGGAAUAAAAUGCAUGUGCCAAUCAUGCAGAACUGGUGACAACUGAACCAAAAAGCUACUGUAUAAUACAGUUUUGGAUUGGUAUCCUUGCAUGAUUCACCAGUGGGUUCAGAUCAAAAAAAAAAUUUUUUUGGUGAAGCUGAGCUUGCAUCAAUUAAACUACUGGUGAGUGAGCUCUUCUUUUUUUUUUUUUUUUUUUUUUUUUACGUCAAAGCAGUUAUCCCUAUAGUGUGUUGUUUGAUUCUUUUUUAUUUAUUUGAAAUACUGUAAUAUUAUUCUAGCAUUUUAAUCUUUUGCUAUUUUGUACCAUUCACUAUAAUUCUGUCAGUGUAUUAAAGCAAACGCCAGUAUUUUGUCUCUCAUUAUAUUGAAAUUUGUGUUAUUCAGAGACAUUAGAAUUCCCUUUCCCAUGUCUGACUUGCACAUAGGGAUCAUGUAAACUUCCAUCAGAAAAAAAAAUGGCUUGUCAGCAAUACUCUAAUAAAUCAUAACUUGAGUUCAUUUUCAAAGUACUUAACAAUAAGCAAAAGUUUCUGUUGUCGGUCAGAUUCUUCCUUCCCUGAUAUCUUCUGCUCUGUGCUGGACUAUUUAUUCUGUGAUGGAACAUUUUAUGUAUUGAUUGCACUUUUGGCCUUUUUGUGUUUUAAAAUGAUCCCCUAUAAUAUAAAACAGCAGAUUGUUGUUUCAGGUAAUGAUCAACUCAAAACUGUCUUGAAUUGAUUGUAGAACAAAAGUAGAAAAGCAACACUGGACGUUUGAUUUUCACCCCUGCCCGUUGAAAGAGGAAAUAUCACACGAUAAAUGGUUGACAUUUAAAAGCUUGAUUCUUUUCUUUUUUCCAUGUAGUUUUCUUUCAUCUGUCUCUGUUUGCUCGUAACACCUCUGAUGGACAUUCAACUAUAACAAUGUCUGCUCAUUGUUUAUAUUGUACACUUGCAAUAAAGUUUGAGUCUUUGAA